ACAGUAUGGAAAAUUUGUGCUAGCCAGCAUGAAUCGUAGCAUUGAUCCUUGUGAGAAUUUCUAUGAAUAUAGUUGUGGUGGCUGGAAAAAGUCUGACAUAAUCCCGGAGAAGGCGCGCAAUACAAGUUUUCUAUAUGCUAUUCAGCAGAAAAUAGAUGAACAAGUUCUAGAGUUUCUGACAAAUGUCACCAAAAAGGAUUUGGAAGUCAAUUCAACAUCAGCGGAAGUGAAAGCUAAACAAUUCUAUGCAAGUUGUUUGGAAAUGAAAGCAAACAUGUCUCAGGGCUAUCAACACAUAAUGAGUCUGCAGGAUGUUGCAUUUAAGGAUGUGGCAAAAAAUGAUUCCCUAAAUUGGAUAGAUAUCAAUUUUAUGUCCUCAUACGAAGUGUAUCCUUUGUUACCCAUGAAGGUGCAUUAUAGCACGGCAACAAGAAAAUUUGAUAUACUUCUAACACCACCGGGAAAACUCUUUUCCAAUAUCAAAGAGGAGGCCCUGAAGAAUAUGACCAAGGAUUUUGGUUUCGAUGAGAAAGGUGCUAAGGACUUUCUCUCGACUUUUGCGAAUCUCACACAAUUCGAAAGAAAUCUUACAGAUCAUGCAAAAACGCGCAAUGAAACGGAACAACUUACAUUAGGGGAAUUCAUAAGCAAACAUCGUUUGGAUAGAGUCAAUUGGACGAGAUAUUUCGAGGUGGCAUUUAAUCAUUCCCAGAAUGCCGAUUGGCCUGUUCUAAAUCAAUUGGAUAAUGUCAAUGAAUUGGUUUACUUUCUUGAAAGUACCAACAAGGAAACUUUGAUAUCCUACGUGAAAUAUCGUGUUUUGCUUAAGUUCUAUACCCUGUGGAAGACACAAUCGAAGUUGGGAGGUGUGAAGAGUGAGUGUCGUUCGCAUACCGAAACCUAUUUCAAUUACGCCUUGUUGCCAUGGUUCAUUGGCAAAGUUUUCGAUAAGGAACAACGUGCUGAUAUCUUGGGAAUAGCCAAGGAUAUAAAAGAUACCUUCUAUGAUCUCCUCGAUCAUUAUACAUGGCUAGACGAUGAGACGCGUUCACAAGCGAAGACGAAAUUGGCUUCUAUGGAUAUUUUGGUGGGCUACACGGAUGAUUUGCAGCAUCGUGAUAUGAUUGAUCAGGUGUACAAGGACAUUGAGAUGACUACAAAUUGGCAUGAGAAUCUCUGUACGCUGGAACAAAAUCGUGCCAAGAUCCGACUAAAGUCAGUGGAUAAAGCCUUGAUACCUCAGAUGAUGCCAACGCGUACAGUGAAUGCUUACUAUGCGGACUUUUUGAACUUGGCCUUCAUCACCAUUGGCAUGUCCCAGUGGCCCUUCUAUCAUCUGGAUUUUCCACCAGUUCUCAAAUACGCUGGUGUCGGUAAUAUAAUUGGUCACGAAAUGGCCCAUGGUUUCGACUCGUAUUGUUAUCAAUACAAUUAUGAUGGCAAACGGGUCAACUGGUGGUCCGCAGCAUCGCUGAGGAAUUUCAAGGAGAGAUAUCGUUGCCUUGAAUCGCAAUACAAUAAAUUCAUAGUUAUGGGCAUUCAAACGAAUGGUAGUUUAACUUCCGGUGAUAAUAUUGCCGACAAUGUGGGCCUGCGUAUGGCCUAUUACGCCUACAAGAAGAGAACCGGGGACAAGGCUUGGCAGGAUAAACCAUUGCGUGGCUUGGACUUCACCAAUAAGCAAUUGUUCUUCCUCAAGUUUGCUCAAACCUGGUGCAAUGGCAAGGACGAUGCUGCCAAGAUGAGUAAAAUAAAGACUGAUGUGCAUGCCUAUGAUGAGUUUCGAGUAGUUGGCACUCUAGGCAACAUGCCCGAGUUUAGUGAGGCUUUUAAAUGUAAAUUAGGCACCGAUAUGAAUCCUUUGAAGAAGUGUGUCGUUUGGUAGCAACAAGAUAAA